AUGAUCAUCGUCUUCCUGCUCAUUCUCGGCUUUAAGCCAUUCGUCACGGCCAGCAAACCACUAGCGCAGUUCUGCGACGAUAGUAUCUCCAACAUGAACGAUAGCACCUACCAGGCCAACCUUAAACUCCUAUCCACCAAGCUAUCCAGGAGUGCCUCAUUCAAACAAACCCUCCUCGCCAAGGGCUUUGUCAGAACCGACCAAGAUCGCAUAUACGGUGUCGCUGUAUGCCGUGGCGACAUCGCGUACAACAACCCUAUCUGCACCAGCUGCAUCACCACAGCAUUCCAUGAUGCGUGGCGGCUGUGCGGACCCUACGACAUGCAUGUCUUGUAUGAGUACUGCAUCGUCCACAUCUCCGCCACGGACCUUACCUACGACUCCAGUGCUGUGCUAAACAGCUUGAUGAUCUUUAUGGACAGCGUGCAAGGCUAUACGGGUUCCAGCAUUUCGACCAAGUAUGGUGCCUACACCGGUGUCAGCAUCAAUGACAACAUCAUGGUGCUGAUUCAAGAGACGGCCAAACAAGUGGUGUACAACUCGACGAUGAGGUAUGCCACUGGCCGCAUGGAUUUGAACAACACAAUCCCGUUGCUCUACUCUUUAGCGCAGUGUAACCUGGACCUGCCACCAAAUGACUGCUGGGAUUGCCUCAACAAUAUCAGGAGCACAGCAAAGAAUUUCUCCUACCUGCAACGUGGUGAAUGGAUUGCUAGUGUGUGGUGUAAUUUAUGGUACGACACGUAUCAGUUCUACGAGGGCCAGCCAAUGAAGCAGAUCACCUGGUCAGAUUCUGUAGAUCCAACAACAAACAUGGUAGCACCCCAGCCGGCGCCAGGGCCAGUUGGUGUUCCGAGGCAGAAAGACAAGAAUAAGGCAGUUGCUGUGCCCAGCAGGAAACUCCCAAGUAAAGUGAGCUCACAGGAAGAUGAAGAACUAGUCUGGGGAAUAGGAAGAAGUUCAGAGUUCACGUUUUUUGACUUUUCACAAGUAUCAGAUGCAACAAGUAACUUCUCAGAUGAAAAUAAAUUGGGACAAGGUGGUUUUGGCCCAGUAUACAAGGGUCAGCUACCGAAAGGAUCGGAGGUAGCAAUUAAGAGACUAGCUUCACAGUCAGGGGAUCUUAAAGCAAGCAACAUUCUUUUGGACAGUGAAAUGAAUCCUAAAAUAUCAGAUUUUGGGCUUGCAAAAAUAUUCAGCUCAAAUGAUACUGAAGGGAACACAAAAAGGAUUGCUGGGACAUAUGGGUAUAUGGCUCCUGAGUAUGCUUCAGAGGGUCUCUUCUCGAUCAAAUCUGAUGUAUUCAGCUUUGGUGUGCUGAUUCUCGAGAUCAUCAAUGGAAAAAGAAACUCAUGUUUCCAUCAAAAUGGGGACUUCUUCAAUCUUCUCGGAUAUGCAUGGAAGUUGUGGAAAGAGGAAAGAUGGCUGGAGUUCGUCGAUGAAUCAAUAGUUUCAGAGUCUGACGUGUUAGAGACAAUGAGGUGUAUCAACAUCGCAUUGCUGUGUGUGCAAGAGAAUGCAGCUGAUAGACCCAGCACAACAAGUUUGGUUGCAAUGCUAAGCAGUGAAAGUAUGACCCUGCCUGAACCUAAGCAUCCGGCGUAUUUCCACAUAAGGGUAACGGAGGAAGAGCCACCUAGUGCUAAUGAUGUGACGAUGUCUGCUCUACAGGGCAGAUAG